AAGAGAGAGCUAGCUAAAAACACAUAGAACACACAAAUGGCUUGCUGGUCUGCUGAGAAUGCCACAAAAGCCUACCUCAAAACCUUAAAAAUGGGCCAGAAGGCAAACGAGCCAGAUGUGGUUGAGUUCAUUUCAGCUCUAGCAGCCGGGAACAAUGCACAGCAAAUGGUUGUGGCUUGUGCUGGCGCUGCUGACUCCACCAUUCUAGCCCUUGUUGCUGCUGCUCAGCAAACAGGCGGCAGAGUGGUCUGCAUCCUUCGUGGGAACGAAGAGAUGCAGUUAUCUGAGAAAAUCCUUGGCAUCAACGUAUGUCACAUUGAAUUUGUGAUUGGGGAGGCCCAAAAUCUUCUUCUAAACUACUACAAGGAGGCUGAUUUUGUGCUCAUUGAUUGCAACCUUAAGAACCAUGAGGCCAUUCUUAGAGCAGUGCAGAUGGGGAAGAAGCAAAAUGGAGCUAUUGUUGCGGGGCAUAACGCUUUUGGCAAAGGGUCUUGGCGGUCCGGCGGAUCGAGAACUCAGUUGCUGCCUAUAGGAGGUGGAUUGUUGGUGACAAGAAUUGCAGCACCAAAGAAUGAAAGCAGCAAAAUGUUUGGGAUCAAUGGUAGUGGAAAGAAGAGCCAUUGGGUCGUCAAGGUAGAUAAGUGCACAGGUGAAGAACAUGUGUUUAGGGUCAGAUCAUCAUUUCCACAAGGGAAGGGGAUCGCAGCAUAAGCUUAAACUUUAAUUAAUUACUUGCUCCAAAUAUCAGUUCGUUUUGUUUUAAGAGAAGACUUAAUUU